GUGCUGUGAUUUCUUCCGGGUUUGAGACUUGUUUGGUUUGAUUGGGUGUAUCGCCCAAAUUGACAGAAAGUGUGCCGCUGUGACCCCGUUCGUGCUCCGCAAGCGGCGGUGGGCUGUCAGGACGAUGUUUCGCCUGGAUUUCCACACCUGUGUGGCCCGGUAAAAGCGGUGGAGUUUGUCCUCAGACACCUGUUGCUUCACGUAGGACGCGCGAGGAAAACGGGUGGCCACACACUGCGGAUUUUCUCACCCCCUUAGCUGAUAUUUCGAAGAGUACACUUGUUUAGCAGCUAUGAAGGUCACGGUGACUUUUGGGAACAAAGCGGUGGUGGUUCCGUGUAAACCCGAAUGGACCGUCCGGGAUUUAAUCGAUCAAUCUACGCGGCGAUACCGCAGGACUUUGGAUCAGAAUGGGAGGAGUGCUGUGAAAACCCAUCACCUGGAGUACACUGAUGGAGGCAUCCUGGACAUGGAUGACCUGUUGACAGACCUAGUGGAAGAUAGGGACAAGCUGGUGGCAAUGUUCGAAGUGCAGCGUGGGAUGACAGACAGCCCCAAGGAGAGCAUCUCGAAUGGCGAUUCCAGUGCGGCACCCAGUCCAGAGCCCCUGAGCUACUAUUCGCACAUGCACUUCCAGGAGCCAAUCAAAGGGGAGAUAGAAGUCAACGAGGCCGUCCUCAAAGCUAACACGCCCCUUUUGGUGAGGAGCAGCAGCGACUCUGUAUUGGCUCCUCCCAUUGAGAUGACCACUGCGUCAACACACGAUGACCAAACCGGUGAAGCCUCCAAAAUGGAAAUCAACCAUGUGCUGAAGGGAGGUCCAAAAAAUCUCAACAAGAUGAGCCAGAUUACAUUCAGCACCCUCACAAGAACUGUGAACUUGCUGGGGGACCGUGGGCCACUAGGUAUCCAAGUCAGUCCCUAUUGCUCUUCUCUCAGUGGACGGAUGUUGGGCCUCCACAUUAAAAACAUUGAGGACAACAGUCGCACCAAGAGAGAGAAUAUCUUUGAAGAGGACGAGUGUAUCGUCCAAAUUAACGGGAUACAGCUCCAGGAUAAGACCUUUGCAGAUUCACAGGAAGUGUUCCGCGAGGCCUUUUCCUCCCCUUCUGUGCACCUAGAAGUUGUCCCUGUUGCCGACAAACCACGCUACGAGAAGGGCCUGAUCGGUCAACUGUUCAGUGGAGAUGGCAAAGACUUUAAAGCAAAGAGUCCAAUGGUGACCCGUCCCAAAAUUGAUCUCCGACCUGUGCCCAAACAAGAUUCCAAACCCAAUGAAGUCUUGAGGCGUCAAGAUACAGGAGCCAAGACCCCAGAGCCGCCUCUGUUGAACCCAGAGGCAACCCCUGUGAACCCACUGUCAGUAGAUUCUCAGUAUGGGAACUCCCAGUCGGAAAGGAUCUCUCCCACACCUCCAGUACGGACAACUAGCUUUUCCCCCUCGAGGAGCCGCAGACAGAGCCAUCUGGAGAAUAAGAACUCUGGCGUGCCUGGCCCAGCCAACCUUACAAACAAGAAAGGUGGGAAGAGGACCAAAAUCGACCUGAAGAAAGGUGCAGAGGGUCUAGGCUUCACAGUUGUGACCCGGGACUCCUCUGCUAGUGGGCCUGGACCAAUUCUGGUGAAGAAUAUACUGCCACGCGGUGCAGCAAUCAAAGAUGGCCGCCUGCAGCCUGGUGACUGCAUCCUCGAGGUGAACGGAAUGGACAUGACAGGCCGGAGCCAAGAGGAACUUGUGGCCAUGCUGCGCAGUACCAAACAGGGAGAAAGUGUUUCUGUGAUAGUGGCCCGACAGGAGGACAUCUUCCUGCCACGGGAACUGAAAGGUGAAGAUGGCGGAAGUCUUGUGUUGGAGGACGGCAGGGAGCAGCUAAUGUAUGAGGUCCCACUGAACGAGACUGGUUCUGCCGGCCUUGGAGUCAGCUUGAAGGGCAACAAGUCCAGAGAGACUGGUGAGGACCUGGGCAUUUUCAUCAAGUCCAUCAUCCAUGGAGGCGCUGCCUACAAGGACGGCCGGCUGAGAGUAAACGACCAGCUCAUUGCAGUCAAUGGCGAAGCGUUGCUUGGACGGUCCAACCACUCUGCCAUGGAGACACUGAGGCGCUCCAUGUCCUCGGAGGGCAACGCCAGGGGCACCAUCCAGCUUGUGGUGCUACGAGCAUCCAAAGUGGAGGGACAGUCCAAUGCUAUAAAUGGAGCCACCAAUCAAGCCACUCCUCAACAAUCGUCUGACAAUCAGGAGCCUCAGCGCCACCAGGCCUACCAGGGGGCUUCUAGACCAUCAGAACUCAACAGCGCCAAUCUUUCUGACAAGUACUCGUACGGCGGCUCCAGCAGUGCUCUGUUUCCUGUUGCAACCACCAAUGGCAACCAUGAUUUCUACGGCAACAACCAGAAAGACUCCAAGGAAGGCUUCCCCCCGCCGCCAUCCCCUGGGACAGUAGAGGAAAUUAGUAGAGACCCAGCUCUCACUCCCUCUAACUACAGGGAGCGUUCCAUGCAUCCCCGAAAUGCCAACCACAAGGACAACAUACCUCGAAAUAGAGCAUCCAAAAGCAUGGACCUGGUGGCGGACGAGAGUAAUGUGAGAUCGCUGGCCGGACAUAGAAAGGGGCCCACUGAUGGGGGAACACUGGGCCCAACACUGGGCCUCUGGAAGUCCAGCUCCCUCGAAAGUCUCCAGUCAGCCAUGUCGGAGGUCCACCAAAAUGAUAUGAAGGCACAGGUUCCAUUUCACCGCCCACAACCACACAUGGUUCGAGGACGCGGAUGCAACCAGAGUUUCCGCAUUGCCAUCGACAAGUCUUAUGAAGGCCCUUCUGAAGAUGAUGAUGACAUGUCUGAGCUGAGCUCUGGUCAUGAAACACCAGCCAGCAGCUCCUCACGUCAGGACCUGGAUAUUGACAAUGUGAAGAAGCAGAAGAAAGUCAGCGGGAAGAAGCAGGAGAAAAAGACCAAAGGAAUUAAGAGAAGUGAGGAUGCUGCAGAUGAUAUGGAGAAGAAGACCAAAAAAAAAGGCUUUGCUCUUUUGAGGUUCGGUAGGAAGAGAGAUGACAAGAGCAAAGAUGCAGUGAAAGUGGCAAAAAACAAACUGGAGGCCUGGAGUGAGGAGGAGGUCGACAGGUUUCCUGAACACAGAGAGAGCUAUGAUCCACGAUAUGCUGAAAUCCACUCUGGCCAGCUCACCCCCGACUCACGCUUCAUCCCAGAUGUGGACGACGACUACAACGACCCCAACUAUGCCCAGAUCAACAACUUCCUCCAGCCAAACUCUGUGCAACUGAUAGACCGCACCCAUUCCACUGCAACUCCCGUGACUGUGGAGACCAAACAAUCUCAGGCCUCUGCCGAUGAGCUGGAGGGGCUCUAUGCCAAGGUCAACAAGUCCAGGCAACAAACAGAAAGUGAUCAGCGGUCCCAGGGGAUGCGGCGGGAGUACCCUCAGGCUCGAGCUGCUCCAGUCUAUGAGGAGCUGGACACAGCGCGACAUAGAGUCCUGGAGAGCAACCCACGGCGGGUGGCACCCAGCGGUGCUGAAUCCCGACCUUUGCACCUGUAUGAGGAAUUGGACUGGCCGCCACCCACACAAACUAGGAGGGACCCACAUGAUUACCCGAUCCACUCCAGAUUUGGGCAAGGAGAGCCUGUUCACAACCAAGACCACUACCGUGACAAACGUCAGUCCGUCGCUCAGUCGGCAACCUCCAACAUGCAUCACUACCGCUCAUCUCCUCACGCCGAACAGAAGUACCGUGUGGCCAUGGGUCAGGACGGACUUCCCUCCCCCACUACUGGCCGCAAAGAGCGCCACAACUAUGAGUCUGUAGGAAGCAGGGGGACCAGCCCAGGUCGUUACGCCAGCCCGGACCGCUAUGGCUAUAGAGAUGAGAGACAGUCUGAUCCAAGACGGAAGAACCCCAUGAUAGGUGCCGUUUAAAUCAAACUCUUUGCAACUUGAACAACAAAGAACGUGAACAGCUGGGAUUCUUUUCGAAACCAAGGAUGGCCAAAAAAGCAGACUGUGCUGUAUAUUUACAAGGAUGUGGAUGUAUUUAAAAUCUUGUAAAAUUGUAAAAUCCGGGGUAUUUAAAUGAAUUACAUAUGGAAAAAACGUUUUUGCAUAGAAUCAUGGGUUAUUUCCUGACAAACUGGGAAGGAUGUUUUUCGAGGACUCCUGACUUUCUGGACUCAAAAGGAUGUCAAAAUCAAAGAAAAAGGAAAUUUCCCUACGCCAGUAUAGUUUCGUCAGACAUCUACAGCAUCAUUUACAUUUGCAAAUGAAAUGACUGUAUAGUAAUAGUUGGUAGUGUUUCUAAUAAAAUGUAAAAAGUUUGAUCAAGUCAAGACGACGAACGACACUGUGCCUCUAUCAGUUAAUUUAUCACCAUUUUUAUACCAAGAUUUUGCAUGAAAUAAAUGUGAACAAUUA